AUGUGGUCAAAACUUCUGAUCUUGUUUGCCUUUGUGUCAGCACUGGUAAGCUCUUUGGCACCAACAGACGAAAUUCGAGAUGCAGAUGCACCACAAUCCGGCUAUCUAGAUAACCAUAAUAUGCACCCUGCGACAGUUGGGUCUGCCAUAUUUGGGAUUCUAUGGAAAAACAACUAUGGGAAUAAUAAGGAGAAAUGGUACGCAAAACCAUUAGUAUAUACUCCACCAGGCAGAUCACAGUUGGUAUUUCUUGCAUCAGCAAUGAAUGUAGUACGUACUUUGGAUGCCGUUAAUGGUACUUUGUUGAACUCGCGAGUUAUUCAGCCACCUUUCCUCCAAAGUGAUCUUGGAUGUACCGAUAUCCCGGAUUUUAUUGGUAUCAUUGGUACACCUGUUAUAGAUCCAUCAACGAAUAUUGUUUACUUUUUCUCCAAAGGAUAUAAAAAUGGUGCUGCUAGUGGAGGGGUUGUUAAUGGGCUCUACAAGUUCUAUGCUGUAGAUAUCAUUACACUCCAGGAUAUUUCCGGGUUUCCCGUUCUCAUUGAUGGCAAUUUCGCAGAUAAUGAUAACGCAAGGUAUUUUCUUGGCGGCACAGUUCUUCAGAGACCAUCAGUUACCUUGAUUAAUGGGGUGGUGAUUGGCGCAUUUGGGGGGCACUGCGACCUUUUUAAUUAUACUGGAAUGUUGGUUGGAGUUAGCACGACUCCUGGAGUUGGUGUUACAUCCAUAUUUGCUAUGGAGUCUAGCCCAGGAGCUCCGCCUGUCGUGGCGGAUUUUAAUAUCCAACAAGGUGGAAAGGCUGGAAUAUGGCAAGGAGGUAUGGGUCUUGCAACUGAUGGAAAUCGCUUAUUUCUUGCGACGGGUAAUGGAGAAGGACAUGCCAAUGGUGAUGUACCGGCAUCAGGAAGAACUCCGCUAUCGACCUUGGACGAAGUUGUUGGAAAUUUUGCUGUUUCUACCACCGGUAAAAUUACUUUGUCAGAUUACUUUGAGCCAUACGAAUAUGUCUCAAUGGACGCUGGUGAUCGAGAUCUAGGAUCUGGCGGAGUGGCCCUGCUAGAUCCUACUGUUAUCUUAAAUGCAAAUAAUCUUGGUGGUUUCAAGCAAGGGCCCGGAGGUAAUGCCGCAGUCAUUUUUGUGUGUAUCUUGGUUGACAAUUAUGCAGGAACCGACAAUAUACUUCAAACGAUCAUUGCACAAGGCUCCAUCUUCGCAGGUCCGGGUUCAUAUCCACUUGAAGGUAUCCUCUGGAUUUCAGAUCCAAAUGCUGGACUCAAAGCAUAUAAUGCUGUACCUGUAAAUGGAAUCUUGACACCAAUAUCGCUUCCACCAACUGGAGGUCUCAAUAAGUUUCAGCGUCCCGCUUUUGGAGAUGGACGAUUAUAUGUUUCAGACACGAAUGGUAAUGUCAUAUGCUUAGGGUCCCCGGUUGCUUUACCUCUUCAAUGUACUCAACCUAUCGACUUUGGCCAAGUUGCUAUUGGCUCAACCGGUACUCAGAUUAUCAACUGCACGGCACAAAUUGCCAUUACUUCAGUGAAUGGAUGCACCACGGGCGAUAAAACCUGGCAGUGCGUCAAUUCAACAUUACCACAAGGGUCAUUAGCCCAAGGCGCAAUUUUCUCGUUUCCGGUGACCUGGAAUCUUACCCAAGCUUCCAUUAAUGAUGCCCAGAAUGCAUCUUUUGGACAUGUUCUACCUGGAGUGGCCAGCACGAGUCUGAAUCUCUAUACCACAAAUGCGAUACCUAAGUAUAGUACUCUUGUUCCUGUAUCUCUCUCUGGUACGACUGUUAGCAAAGGACCAUUUCUGGAUAUUGCACCUGCAGAAGUUGAUCUUGGUGGCAUUGUUGUAGGGUCACAAUCAGCACUGACUGGUUUGAGUGGGACUGUAAUUAUUUCAAACAUUGGGGCACAGGUAAUGAAUAUUUAUGGGUCAGCAUGGACUCCCAAUAUCGCGCCUGACGAUGGUGCUCCCAAAUACACGAAUAUUACAAACGGAAGUCUCGGAAAUGGUUUCAGCACAACAGCCAUACCAAAGGCUGGUGACACAAUUGCAAGUGGAGGUUCAGUGACAGUUCCAUUGAACUUCAUAAGCAAUACCACAGGAGCAUAUUCAACAUUUGUUGAAUUCUGGACAGAUGGAGGUAACGGGAAUGUCUUCAUCACCGGCAGUGCUUCCACAGCACCAAUUGCUAAUAUCUCAAUUGCAACAAUUGAAGGAGGUUGGGAUUUCUCAGAACCAGUAUUAAUGAACUUUGGAAAUGUUUUGGCUGGAAAGACUGUCACUUCGUACAUUCGGAUUUGUAAUUCGGGCGGAUCGGCACUUCUCAUAACCAAGAGUAAGCCACCUAUUGAUACAGAACUGUUAGCUCCUGAUUCUGCCGUGGAUCUUCAUGAAGGUCAGGUUAUCGAGGUUAAAACUUGUGCCACCGGCGCUGUUUCUAUCGUUGCUGCUCCUCUUGGGGUGAAUAGGCUCGAUCAUACUGUUUCUGAUGUGUGGAUUUUGAAUACUGACGACAUCACAUUCGGGAUUCAUGACGUUCAAGUCACGGCCAAUAUUGUAACAAGACAACUUGGACCUUUGCUGUCAAAUGGAUCCGCAGAGUAUCUAUACCUAGGUUGCUAUUAUGAUGGUGGUGGUCGACAGUUACAAAAACAAUACAAUAAUGCUACCAAUGAGAAUGGAUGGUGCUUGACGAAUUGUUUUAAUCUGGGAUAUAGCUUCGCUGGCACGGAGUAUCACACAGAAUGCUGGUGUGGAAAUAAUGCUCCGAUAGCAGCAAAAUAUAGUGAUCCGUCCCUAAAUAAAUGUGCAUUUAGCUGCCCUGGAGAUAAAACGCAGGCAUGCGGAGGAGAUGGGACAUUUGUAUCUGUUUACUAUGAUAGGACCAAGUAUGUUCCUGGUCCGGAUUCAAUUCCUGGACUCUCGAGUCCUUCAAGCAGCAGCAGUAGUAGUUCAAGCUCUACUUCCACAACUACAUCCUCCUCUUCAUCUCCGUUGUCAGCUAGCACCUCAACUCAAAAUUCCACUACUACCUCUACUAUCACUGCAACCUCAACUACAACUUCCACUUCUAUUUCGACCACCUCUGUCGUACCAACCUCCACUGGUCCUGUAAUUAUCCAAAUUAUCGGCUCAUAUUCUUUCGUGGGAUGCUAUACCGAGGCUACCACCGGAAGAGCUCUAAGUGGAAAGAGCUAUACAAACGAUAGUAUGACUAUCGAAAGUUGUUAUGCAUUUUGUUCAGCUUUUGCCUGGUUUGGCUUAGAAUAUCGAAGGGAGUGUUAUUGUGGGAACGUUGUUAAUGCAGGUAGUGUUGUGUCAACAACAAGAAAUACUUGUUCUUUGGUGUGCAUGGGAAAUCCUUUAGAAUAUUGUGGUGGAUCCUCUCGUUUGCAAAUGUAUCACAGUGUUGCGGGCGCUAGUUCAACCUCCAGCUCAUCUUCGGGCUCCGUUUCCUCGGCCCGCCUUUUAAAGUGA